UUGGAAUAUUGGGAUGGGUAAAUAGGAAAGGCCCCGCGGGGGCACAGGUUGUGCGUCACUAGAGGUAGUGCUCUAGUAAGUAGUCCAGAACAUCAAGAGGGCCAGCUCCCCAGAGAAAGAUGGAAGGCGAAGAUGGCAACCAGGAGGAUUCUGCGCGUCCACGAUCGUGCGGGGUGGUAACAUGCUCUUCGAUAGACUUGGUAUUGAUGAACAUGGCUAAAGUGAAAUCCCCCAGCUGGUGGUAGGAACGGAGGGGCGAGAUAAGCCGAAUAUCUCACCCUAUAGAAAUACCGUAAUCGUACAGACUGCUAAAGAUCAGCAAGCCACCAGCAACUCACUCGUUCCAGCCCCAGGCAAGAUUUUGAGAGUGAGCAGGCGAGUACCAGCGCCUAAAAACUGGCAAUUUCGGCUAAGGGAGAAAACCCCAACAGAAAAUCCGGCGGAAGGAAAGAGGGAAACCACCGUCGUAGCUACAUCCCUAGUAUAUCAUCAAUGGCGAGAGAAAUCCAAAUGGCCCCGAGUCCCGGGCGCCCCUUUGAUGGGGCAGGGGUGCGAAGAAUAUCCCGGUUAGAUCUCGCAAAGAUGGUAAAGAUCGGAACAUGGAAUGUGAGGUCGUUGAUGGAGAUGGGAAAGUUGAAAAACGUGACUAUUGAAAUGGAGAAAAUGGACAUUGGUAUCCUAGGUGUUUGCGAGACCCGAUGGCACGGAGCGGGUAAAUUCGAGAGUGAUGGAUAUACAGUUCACUAUUCCGGCGUGCCGAAGGGGAAGCACCGCAGUGGAAUGGCUGUGAUCAUUAGAAAGGACAUAGCUGAGGCGAUAAAACAGGUAACACCAGUGACAGACAGAAUAAUUUUGAUUCAAUUUGACGCCAAACCAGUUCCAGUCAGCGUAAUCCAAGUAUAUGCCCCAACUUCUGAUAGUUCGGAUGAAGACAUCGAAGAUUUUUAUGACAAUCAUGAAAAGACAUUGAGAGCUACCAAGAAGAAUGAGGCCAAAAUUGUCAUAGGUGAUUUCAACGCCAAGGUUGGAAAUUUGGCGGGCAAUGUGACAGGCAGAUAUGGUCUUGGAAAUCGGAAUGAACGAGGAGAGCGGUUGAUACAGUUCUGCCAGACUAACAAACUCAUUGUCGGCAAUACGUACUUUAAGCUGCCAAAGUGCCGACUAUACACAUGGAAAGCACCAGGAGACAACCUGAACAACGUGAUAAGGAAUCAAAUAGACUACUUUCUUAUAAAUCGAAGAUACAGAAAUGCACUGAAAUCAGUGAAAACGUACCCUGGCGCUGAUGCAAAUACAGAUCACACAUUACUACUGGCAAAGCUGAAGAUAAAGCUCAAAAAAGUUGAAAAAGUAAAACCAAAGAGAUUCCGCCUCGAGUUGUUGAAGAACAAAGAGAUUAGCCGUAAAGUUCAAAAAACAUUGAACAAAAACCUGCGGGAAAAGAGCAACCAAAUAGAUGGAACUGUGGACUCUGGAUGGGCAGCAUUCAAAGAAGCGGCAUUGCAGACUGCGGAGGAACUACUGAGACAGAAUGGAGACCGAAGAACCCAAAAAGAAUGGAUUACUGACGAAAUAAUAGCCCUAUUUGAAAAACGUAGAGACUAGAG